AGUUUUCAAGGAUGUCCAUCCCUCUAUCUUACCCCCACCCUUCUCUCUAUAUAUCUGUUUCUCUCUCCCUUUCUCUUGAUCAUCAGUUUUUUCCUUGACACUCAUUCAUUUUUGCAUUUGGGGAGGGUUUAAGCCUGGGUUAUAUUAAGCACUUUGUAUUCAAAUCACUCACCUGGGAUGUCCUUCAAAAUUUUGACACACUUGUGCAUGCUUGAAGGAGAGUUUGUUUAAAAUCAGAUACAUUUAAAACCACAAAUUACCAUCUACUCUGACAGAUUGCAGUUAGUCUAGGGUAUAUAUAUAUAUUUUUUUUUUAAAUUCCAUUCAACUCUACCCCGUCGGACCUAGCUGUUCUAGUACAGACUACUAGUUAUUUGCCGACAAAUGUACUGCUCCUUUAAGAGGAAGCCUGUUUAGAAAUUACUUGAGUAGAGGGUAAUGCUUACGCAAACUCCCCUCAGUCAUUAGCCCAUGUGACAAGAGGACGUUGGAAAGUUACGAGGCAAGUUUAACCGAAGGCAUCUGACCAGAAUUCCCAAUUUUCUACUCUAGCCUAUUCAAAUGUGGACAUGUUUAUUGUGGGUUUUUUUACCCUGCGGAUAUGCAGGAUUAUUGUAUUGAACUUGAAUUGAAUAAUUGGUUGAAGAAGAUCAAUAGGCUGCUGUUGUGUAUAUACCGUAAAGUAUUUUCCAUUUUAUGUUUUCAUUUUAGAAAAGUUUUAGUACAAAACCUUUUUAAUCGUGGGACUAUUGACUCGUAGGCUAUUGUCUUUUCAAUGUUUUUAACAUCUCGAGGCACACAGGAACUGGCCAAGAGAAAGUGAACACCGAAUGCGCGCCCUUAGCGGUGUCAAGGAGUCAUUUCUGUUUAGGGUAAAUUACGGGACAUUCGCGUCAUUUCAUUUUCAAAGUCAUAUUAGCCGUUUGAGGUCAAUUUUUUUGUAAAUCCUAGGUGAACAUUCACGGACACAUCUGUGUGACCAUGCUACAAAAUGGUAACGGUAAGGAGCAACCUUCUGAAUCGCCGAAGGCUGAGCCAAAACUUGACACCCCAUCAGAACCUCAAACCGAACCAGACUCCACUGACAACGCGGCGCCGGCUGCACAGGAAGACACGAAUUCCACGCAAUUCCCUAUGCCCGUUUACCCAAAAUUGGAGAUAAAGCGUAACGCGGUGACAGACGAGUAUAAGAUCUCCAGUCAGGUCCUUGGGUUGGGGAUCAAUGGGAAGGUUCUGGAAUGCACCAAUAAGAAGACUGGGGAGAAGUGCGCACUGAAGAUCCUCUAUGACAGUCCCAAGGCGAGGCGGGAGGUUGAGCUACACUGGCGGGUGUCAGGGGGGCCAUACAUCGUUCGCAUUCUCAGUCUGUAUGAGAACAUGCAUCAUGGGAAGAAGUGCCUGCUCAUCAUCAUGGAAUGUAUGCAAGGGGGAGAACUGUUCAGCCGGAUCCAGGCCAGAGGGGACCAGGCUUUCACUGAGAGAGAGGGCUCAGAGAUCAUGCGGGAUAUUGGUACGGCCAUCGAGUUCCUCCACAACAUGAACAUCGCACACAGAGACAUCAAGCCUGAGAACCUGCUGUAUACCCAUCAGGAGCGCAAUGGUACUCUCAAACUGACAGACUUUGGCUUCGCUAAGGAGACCACACACAACCUCCUGCAGACCCCCUGCUACACCCCUUACUACGUGGCCCCUGAGGUUUUGGGCCCGGAGAAAUAUGACAAGUCGUGUGACAUGUGGUCUCUGGGUGUCAUCAUGUACAUCCUGCUGUGUGGGUUCCCUCCGUUCUAUUCUAACACAGGCCAAGCCAUCUCUCCAGGGAUGAAGCGGAGAAUCAGGCUGGGCCAGUACGAGUUCCCAAAACCUGAGUGGGCUGAAGUGUCAGAGGAAGCCAAACAGUUGAUCAAUCAGCUGCUAAAGACAGACCCCAACGAGAGAAUGACCAUCACACAGUUUACGAACCACCCCUGGAUCAAUCAGUCCAUGGUUGUUCCCUCCACACCGCUCCACACCACACGGGUCCUGACUGAGGACAGAGAGAUGUGGGAUGACGUGAAGGAUGAGAUGACCAGUGCUCUCGCCACCAUGCGUGUGGAUUACGACCAGGUGAAGAUCAAAGACCUGGACACUUCCAGCAACCCUCUGCUCAACAAGAGGCGCAAGAAGGCUGCUGCCGGGGGCAAAUUGGGAGGCACCGUCUGUAACAGCCAGUGAGAGACUGACAUGGGAGGGAAACCACACCCGGAACAGCAGAAAAAGGGGAAGGGAAGCCCAGAGGAAGGAGGGUAGAUACAGCUGAGAGGGAAAAGGUUGUGGGAGGUCUGGGCAGGAAUGUGUAGAAGAGACUUAGCAUGAGGAAUGUGUUCAUACAGCAGUGGGGGAAGAGUAAUGCCUAGAGGAGGGAGGGGUACUGCUAGGGAACAGCAGGGAAAUGGGAUUUGAAGCUUCUCAGCAAUCAGUCGAACUGAAGGACACAUGAAGUGAUGACAAAGUCUGCAUCUCUUAUCAGCAGGCCUUCAUACUGUAGGCCUUCCAUAAUUUUAAUUUGAUUGUGUUUUUGUGUAUGUGUGUGUUAAUUUGAAAGGUUGUUCAGGAUCUGCUAUAUAUAAUUUAAUGUAUGUUUGUUGUGUGUUUUUGUGUGUGUUGGUAAGGGAGAACGGGGUUGGUUGUCUCACGGGUUGGUUGUCACAGUGCUAAUUACUCCCAAUCUAAAUGGCAAUGUGUAAUUUGUAAGGUAAAAAUGUGUGAAUUAUUUGAAGGAAUUCAUCCAGCUGGUCAAUUCAUGUCAGCAUGACAAAACUUUGAGGUGAGGGGAAUUUAUGUUUUUUGUAGGUGGAAGUAAAAUGUAUAUAUAUAUUGGUAUUUUCUUUGUAAAUUGUUUAAUUGUGGGAGUAUCCAUGAACAAUUAUGUUUGUUGAAAAGAGGAAAGGGAGAACUAUAUUUCAAACAUAUUUCUGAGUUCCAAGGUCAAGCCAUGUGGUAGCCAGCAUCUUAGUUAGCUUUGGGGAGCAGGUUAGGGAUGGUUGUCACUUGGAAUGUGGGGUUGGUUGUCACUACCAACUCCAUUAUAAUACAUCCCAAGCUCUUUUGUGCUUGUGCUAUAAAGAGCUCAUUUAGUUUCCUCUCCCUCACAAACAUAUUUUUUCUGCAACACGCACAUGUGUGCAAACACACGCAUACACACAAAUUUACUCAAAAUGCCAUAUUUUAUUCUCACGGCAUAAAAUGCUGAAUUUUGUUAAGAAUAUCGUUUGAUCAAAGAAAGGCUAUUUCUAUAUUGCUUAAUUUCCUGUUACAAAAGGCAUAAGCUACCAGCAAACAGGCACUGUCCCACCGGUCACACACGGGCUGAAUCAACAUUGUUUCCACAUCAUUUAGUGCGACAGGUAGCCUAGUGGUUAAAGCUUAGGGCCUGUAACCGAAAGGUUGCUGGAUCAAAUCCCUGAGCCGACAAGGUAAAAAGCUGUCGUUCUGCUCCUGAGCAAGGCAGUUAACCUACUGUUCCCCGGUAGACCGUCAUUGUAAAUAAGAAUUUGUUCUUAACUGACUUUCCUAGUUAAAUAAAGGUAAAUAUCCAUUCAAUGAAAUGAUGUUGAAUAGAUGCUGAAGUGAUGUCUGUGCCCAGUGGGGUGUGACAUCCAAUCCCACGAGUGUGUUUGAUGGAUUAUAACUCCAUGUUGGAAUAAUUAAUGAGGAUAGAAAACAGUCUUCAUUUCAAGCCAAGACCUUGGUCUUUCUCCUAAUAUUGAAAAGAGUUUAUAAGAUCUACAGGUGCUGAGAAAUACACACAAGAGUAAAAGCCAACCCCGGUCUCCCCUAAUGAUGAAGAGCUGUGCUGGAUUGCCUAUCCAUUUCAGGUUCUUUCUCUUUCCCAUGCACAAUAGAGGAGCACAUAUCACAGAUCAUACACCUAAAAACAUGGGUGCAUGGUGGAAAUGAUGAUGAAGUAGCUAGACAGACCAACCAUUGACUGUCAGUGUUACAAUGUCUUUUUUGGUCCUUUUUUCAGCGAUUAAAACAAACUUUGGAA